GGGUCGAAAUGGUGGGCUUUUUAUAUGGGUUUUGAGGAAGUUGAGGAUGUGGGUGUGGUUAGAAGUUCGGGAGAGAGUGAGGGUUGGGUGAGGAGUUGAUGGGGUUUUGGGUGCGCUUGGAAGUGUUGGGUUUGGAAUUGGAAAUUUGGAGAGAGCACUGGUUUUGGGUUCUUAGGGGUUUGCUCCAAUAUUGGUGUGAUUAUUGGUCUUCUCAUCUACUUAUAUGUGUGUGUAUUUAGCCCGGUUGUGUUUUUGUGUUUUGUUGAUUUUCUGUACUUGUUAUGUUGAUUUGGUUUCAGGGGAAAGUGAAACAAAUUGUUGGGUCCACCCUUUCGGAUUCAAAGGAGGAUGGGUCUGCUCUUGUUACCAACUUUGUGUUAGAUAAGUCAGCGGAGGAGUAUGCAAAGAUGUAUGAAGAAGAUGGCCUUACAGGUGGUCAUGCGAUCAUGCUUGGAGCUGACCUUUUGAGCAGAGCUGCAGCCAUUGAAGCUCUGCAUGCCUAUCCUGGUGGGUGUAUGGUUGCCUUCCUGUUCUUGUAGAUUCUAUUGCUGAGUUCCAUUUUUUGGGAAUACUAACGGAACAAGUGUAACUCAAUUGGUAUCAACGGAACAAAAGGCUAACGGAGAGAUCCAGUUAAGAGGCUAACGGAAGAAUACUAGUGGAACAAAUUGUUAAAAGGGUAAAAAUAAAUUAUUACACGUGUCUCAUUCUUAUUGGUGGGUACACCAGCCAGCUGGUGUACCAAGUACCUGUAAAAAUUUCUCGUGGUUUAGGGAGACAAUUGUCGAUACUCUUAAAACAAAGGAGUUUUUGCCAAUAGGUUUCCACCACAGUAGUGGUGGCUUCCACUCCCCUCCAAUGUAACCACACAAAAAAAGAAAAAAAGAAAAAGAAAAAAAAGGGGGUUUUUAACCGUAAUGAUCCCUAAAUUUCAUUUUUGUCCUUUAAUUUUCUAUUUUGUGCCAAUUUAGUCUUUCCAUCACACUUCAUCUAUUUAAUCAAUUUGAACAAAGUAUCUUCUAAAACAACCUACCCAACUCUCUACAUCCAGUUUUCCCAAAUUAAAACCCUAAUUCACAUAUCUAUUCCAUUUCCCUCAAUUUGAAACCUCAAUUCACCAAAAUCCCUAAAAUCUCCAAAUUCGAACCCUAAGCAUCAAAAGAAUCCCAAUUUAGCCCUAACUUUGCUUUGGAUUGCUCAAAAUGGACUAGAAAAAAGUCAGAUUUAUUUCCAAAAAAUUCAUCACGUGCAACUCACGAGAUUAACAUUGUCGAGAAAUAUGAUGAAAUGACUAAUUGACACGAAUGAGAGAGCUGAAGAACUAAAAUAACACGUUAAAUAAUAGAAUGACCAAAAUGAAACUCGAGUAUAAGUUCAUGACCCAAAAAAAUAAAUAAAUAAAAAAACUAAAAAUGAUUUGUGUUAAGUCGGGUCAAAAAUCAAAAUCUCUUUGUUCUGUUCGGCCCAUGAUACUCUCAGUCUUGAAUUCAACGGGGCAGCUUGUUCCCCACUGGGCCGCCUAGUUCCCAAACUUAAAACGAUUAAACAAUCGAACUUCCCAAACUACCCCUCACUCUUUUGUUUCCUCCCAAACGAACUCUUCCUUCUGCCUCAGCAGUUGAGCUUGAGCUAGAGAUUUUGCGAGGGUUUUGAGAAGCUGCAAGUCAAGAAGAAAAAGAUGGAGUUCGAGAAAAGAAAAGCGGCGACGCUUGCGUCACUGCGGUCAGAGGAGACAGACAAAUCACCGAAAGGUACGGUGGACGCCCCCAUCAUACCUCUCCUCAACACCCUCAACAGCCACCCAAAUUACUUCACCACCAGUUCCUGCUCCGGCCGUAUCUCUAUCCUCUCCCAACCCACACACUCAAAACUCAAGACGAAGAAGAAAGCCUUGGGUGGCACGUGGCUCUUCAUCACCCACGACCCGGCCGAUCCCGACUCAGUCCUCAACCGCCUCUUCCGUUCCGACUCAACUAGCAAAGACGAACAGGACAACCAAAACGACCUUGUUUUUAGAUUCGAGCCUCUUAUCAUAGCUGUUGAGUGCAAGGACUUGGCUUCGGCUCAGUCUUUGGUUUCAAAGGCAAUAGCUUGUGGGUUCAGAGAGUCUGGCAUUACGAAUUCGAGCAAACGCGUGAUUAUCGCGAUACGUUGUUCGAUACGGUUGGAAGUGCCGCUGGGGAGUAGUCACGAGAUUAUGGUAUCGUGCGAGUAUGUCAGGUUCCUUGUUGGGGUGGCAAACGAGAAAAUGGAGGCCAACAGGAAGCGGACUGAAGCAUUUUUCCUGGCUUUGCAGAGUGAGAGUGGGGGAUUUUUGGGUCCGACUCCUGCGAAUGGUGGGACUCUAGCAGAUGGGGAGGCUGAGUUGGAAGCGAGAGAUGACAAUGCCCAUUCUGAUUCUGGGUCCGUGGAAGUUCCUGGUUGUAGUCUGUCUGUGGUUGAGAUGGCAAUUUCUGGUGAACCCGAAGAGAAUCUUUUCCUUUGGGGUCAUUCUGCUUGUGCAUUAGAAGCCAAAAACCAAAAUGGUGUUCUUGUGUUUGGUGGCUUUGGAGGCAUAGGAAGGCAUGGAAGAAGAAAUCAUUCUUGGCUGGUUGAUCCUUUUUCUGGCACUGUGAAAGCAAUUAAUGUAGAGAGCAGCCCGUCCCCGCGAUUGGGUCACACAUCUUCUUUGGUUGGAGAUUGUGUGUUUGUUAUUGGAGGCAGGUCUGACCCUGAGAAAAUUUUGAAUGAUGUCUGGGUCCUCAAUACAUCAAAGAAGGAAUGGAAGUUCUUAGAAUGUUCUGGGGACGUAUUUCCUCCCAGGCAUCGGCAUGCUGCAGCAGUUGUAGGCUCAAAGAUAUAUGUGUUUGGUGGACUUAACAAUGAUACAAUCACUUCUUCCUUGCAUGUCCUCGAUACAGAUAAUCUGCAGUGGAAAGAGUUGUUUGUCAGUGGGGAACACCCAUGCGCCCGACAUUCUCACUCAAUGGUGGCAUGUGGAUCUCAACUAUAUAUAUUUGGAGGAUAUAAUGGUGAGCAAACACUUGGAGACUUGUACGUUUAUAAUAUUCAAACAUGUAAAUGGAAGAAGGAGAAGGCGGCUGGGAGAAGUCCACAUGCAAGGUUCUCCCACUCAAUGUUUGUAUACAGGAAUUAUCUUGGAGUUAUUGGUGGUUGUCCAGUUAGACAACAUUGUCAAGAGUUGGCAAUACUUGACUUGAAGCAAAGUGUGUGGAGGCAUGCGAAACUUGAAUCUACUAGUGAAGAUUUGUUUGUGCGCAGCACAGCUAAUAUUGUUGGUGAUGAUCUUGUUAUGAUUGGUGGUGGCGCAUCUUGUUAUGCAUUUGGAACAAAGUUUAGUAAGCCUGUGAAAAUCAACCUGCUUCCCCUGAUGAGUAUAGAUAAUAAUAUUAAACCAGUUGUCAGAGAAAGGGAUGCUCACCGUUAUGAAAUGGUUAAUAGUGAGAAAAGCGGACGAUUCCAAGAUCCACAGGCUGAAGAUGCGCAAAGCUUAACUGAAGCUCUUGAUCUGAAUUUUGAGAGUGACUUUCCUGGGGAAAAUGGCAUAGGUCAUCAGGUAGAGUCGUAUUGGAUUCUACAACUCGAAAGAAAAUAUGCAAAAGUAGGCAAGGACAUAUUGAAAAAGUUUGGAUGGUUAGAUCUUGGAAGGAAGGUUUACUCCAGGAAAGGUGGUUUACAUAUUUGUUUUCCAGUAAACGGAAAAUUUUCAGUCACGUGUUCAAAAGCCUUGGACAUUCUAAAGGAAUGUGGUGCUACUAAGCUGGCAGAUGAAGUCCUUGAAGUCAGGAGAGCUGCCAAAUCUCCCUUGAAAGUAAUGAAUGAAGCUGUGGGCUCUCUGAUAAAGGAUAAAGGACUACCUGAAGAACUCUUAGAGGAGCUGCCAGCAAGAUGGGAGCAACUUGGAGAUAUUGUUGUGCUUCCGGCAACAUCAUUCAAGAAUCCAUUAUGGGACUCAAUGCGGGAGGAGCUUUGGCCUGUUAUUGCCAAAUCAGUUAAUGCUCAUCGCCUUGCACGCCAAGGCCGAGUUGCAUCAAACGGUACAAGGGACAGUACUUUGGAGAUUCUUCUGGGAGAUAAUGGAUGGGUUGAUCAUCGCGAAAAUGGCAUUCUCUAUUCUUUUGAUGCUACUAAGUGUAUGUUCUCCUGGGGCAACCUUUCUGAGAAGCUUCGCGUGGCCUCUCUGAAUUGCAGAGAUGAGAUUGUUGUGGAUUUGUUUGCUGGAAUUGGUUAUUUUGUUCUGCCAUUUCUUGUCAGGGCCAACGCGAAACUAGUUUAUGCUUGUGAAUGGAAUCCCCAUGCUGUUGAGGCACUGCGGCGAAAUCUGCAAGCCAAUUCAGUGAGUGAUCGGUGUAUCAUUCUUGAAGGAGAUAACCGGACAGUGGCACCUAAAGGAGUGGCUGAUCGGGUCUGUCUCGGUCUCAUUCCAACAAGUGCGGGUAGCUGGGUCACUGCUGUUAGGGCAUUAAGGAGUGAGGGCGGGAUGCUACAUGUGCAUGGUAAUGUCAAGGACUCGGAGGAGAGUUUAUGGACUAAACAUGUAUCAGAAUCAGUAGGUGAAAUUGCUAAAUCUGAAGGUCAUUGUUGGGAAGUUUCAAUAGAACAUUUGGAGAGAGUGAAAUGGUAUGCCCCACAUAUCCGUCAUCUUGUUGCAGAUGUAAGAUGUAGACAGAGCCAGAGAUGGCCAAAUUAAAGCCUCAGUCUGUUGUAAAAAACUUGUAAGCAACAAAAUUAUUCAAGACCCACAUUUUCACGGGGUCCUGGGCCUCCUGGCAGCAUACUAGGGUUACUGGGUCCGAUUAAUUUUGGCCUGUUUGAUAAUACCUUAGUUUAUUUUUCAGUUCUGAUAAUCUUAUAUUUGAUUAUUAGAUUAAACUUCAUCCGAUGGUGCAUAUCCUGUCAUUUAUGUACUUGUUGUUUCUGAAUUUAGAUUGGUCUUUAAAAUUGGAAAGCCUGCAUAUUGUGUCAUCUAUCUUCUUCCCUACCCGGGUUGUAUUUCCCUCUUCUUUCUCUCUUCCAUCGUUUAACAAGUGACAUGAGAAGAGAGAUAGAAAGAAUUGGGCAAUACAAUGGAGUGUGGAAGUUUUUCUGGUAGAGGCAUGCAGGCAAACAUUUUGUACUUUGAAACAGUCGAAUUAAUUCAAGUCUAAAAAAUAAUUUUGGAA